CUUUUAUCUCUAUUAUCAUAUAUUUCCACCAUGUCUAUUGACGAAGCUACCGAGAAAGCUCUUAUGGCUCUUGACGAUGAGUCCAUGAAGAUCGCUGAACAAGUUCAAGCUUACAACCGCAAACUCAUGACGCCUCUCUGGACCAAACGUCGUGACAUUCUCAAGAAAAUUCCUGGCUUCUGGGGUCAAGCCAUUGGUAACACUCCUAUGUUCGGACUUGCCACUGGUGACAGCGACGUUGAAGCUUUGGAAAACUUGGUCGACUUCCACGUUGAAUACGAUGAAAAGAACCCCGAUUACCGCAAGGUCGUUGCUACGUUCAAGAAAAAUGAUGUCUUCAAGAAUGAGACUUUGACCAAGGAAUACACCAUCAACCCCGAAGAAGGCAAGGUCUUGGCCAAGUCCACCAUUGACUGGCACUCUGGCAAGGAACCUAACAGCAAGAAGCGCAAGAAUGAUGCUGAUGAAGAUGAUGAUGAAUUUGCUGCUUCCUUUGUCGAAUGGUUCGCUGAUGAUGAUAUUCGUCCCGGUAUCAUGUUGAGUGAGGAAGUCUUCCCCAAUGCGUUGGAAUACUAUCAAGGUCUUGAUAUCGAUGAUGACGAUGAGGAUGACGAUGAGGAAAUCGACUUGGCAUCUGAGGAUGAAGAGGAUGAAGAAGAAGAAGCUCCCAAGGUCAAGAAAGCCAAGAAAUAAGCAUCUUUCCAUUUUGUCGUUAUUUUUGUUGCAAACCGAUGACAGACAAUGUUAAUUUGUGUAUAGUUCCCAUUUCUUUUUUUUUAUUAUAUUUCUUAAAAAAGUUAUG